GCGUGGGGGAGACUGUUCCAAGAUGGCGGCGGGUUGCUGCGGGGUGAAGAAGCAGAAACUGUCCAGUUCGCCCCCCUCUGGCUCGGGUGGCGGUGGUGGCGCCUCCUCCUCCUCCCACUGCAGCGGAGAGAGCCAGUGCCGAGCUGGGGAGCUGGGACUAGGAGGCGCCGGCACGCGGCUCAACGGGCUGGGAGGUCUAGCUGGAGGAGGUAGCGGCAGCGGCUGUACCCUCUCUCCCCCCCAGGGCUGCGGCGGCGGCGGCGGGGGCAUUUCCCUGUCGCCACCUCCGAGCUGCGGAGUGGGGACCCUACUUUCUACCCCGGCCGCCGCCACCUCUUCCUCGCCCUCCUUGUCGUCCGCCGCCUCGUCCUCAUCGUCCGGCUCCCGGAAGAUGGUGGUGUCAGCGGAGAUGUGCUGCUUUUGCUUCGAUGUGCUCUACUGUCACCUGUACGGAUACCAGCAGCCCCGGACCCCCCGGUUCACCAACGAGCCCUACCCACUGUUUGUAACGUGGAAGAUUGGUCGAGACAAAAGAUUGCGUGGAUGCAUAGGUACUUUUUCUGCCAUGAAUUUGCAUUCAGGACUCAGGGAGUACACACUUACCAGUGCCCUUAAAGAUAGCCGUUUUCCCCCAAUGACAAGGGACGAGUUACCACGGCUGUUCUGCUCAGUGUCUCUGCUCACUAACUUUGAAGAUGUCUGUGAUUAUUUGGACUGGGAGGUGGGUGUACAUGGCAUUAGAAUAGAAUUCAUCAAUGAAAAAGGAUCAAAACGCACCGCCACCUACCUACCGGAGGUUGCAAAGGAGCAAGGAUGGGACCAUAUUCAGACCAUAGACUCCUUACUGAGGAAAGGAGGCUACAAAGCUCCGAUUACUAAUGAAUUCAGGAAAACCAUAAAACUGACCAGGUACCGUAGUGAAAAGAUGACCCUGAGCUAUGCUGAAUACCUUGCUCAUCGCCAGCAUCAUCAUUUCCAAAAUGGCAUUGGGCAUCCCCUUCCGCCAUACAACCAUUAUUCCUGACACUGAGCCACACAACCAGUCACUGGGCCUCUCUGCAGACCUCUUCCCAGGAGACCCUACCCCUUCUUGGUCUAGCUAUCUCUUUUACUGCACCAUUUUAUGAUGAUAGUUUCCGUUGCCAUGAUGAAGCCUGGACAUCAUCAGUUAAGAUCAUCAUGGUAACGGGUAAGAAAAUGGCAUUUGUUAAGAAGAUUCUGUUUUAUUAUUUUAGGUCGUUGAUUUUUUUUUUGCAGCAUAUUAACUUUUGAGGUUUUCUUUCCUCGCAAUAUCAUAUAGAGUUUUGCUUUGCUCUCUAAAUCAGGUUUCUUUCUGUCCUUCUUGCCUUCUCCCUGUCUUGUUUCCUUCCUCUUUUCUGUCUUCUCUUCCCUCCUUUCGACUGUGGAUGGAAGAAAUUGUGCAGUUUUUAAGGAUUUUAUUUAGAGUUUUCUUCAGUAAGAUAGAUAAUUUUUGAUAGCGGAGUUUGGAAGCAAUUCGUAUCAAAUUCAGGUAUUUGCAUAUGACUCUUGAAUUUGUCUAAAAUUCAUUUUGCUAUGAGGGCUUAGUAUGUGGAUCUUCCCUCCUUAGGUGUGUGUUUUUCCCAUGGUUAAAAUAUAUGAACUUUAGUUCUAGUAUAGAACAUUCGAAGGUCCAUGAUAGGGCUUGUCACAGAGAGUGAGAAACCAUUUACGCCUAUUUUACUGGUUAUCAUCGAAGAGAGCCUCAUACUUUAUAGAACCAACUUACAAAUGACAACACUGUUUUAAGAAAGUGCAAGCUACCUUUCAAAUAUGCUACAGAAAUAAUUUUGAAGAGCAGCAAAUAUCAGGAAGAGAGCAGAUACAGAAUUUAGUGCCUUUGAGAAGAAUAUACUUAAAUUGAAUGGAGAAUUCAAGGGGGGGAAAGGCAAUUUAGAGAGAUAUUCUUAUAAAAUUUUAUUGUUUCCAUAUGUGAAACCACAGAUGAGACAAAUUCGUUACACUUAAGUAUUUUUUUAAGGUGAAAAAAAUUUAUUUUGAGCAGUUAACCAAAAAGAGACAUUUGUCUAUGAUAUAUUAAUUUAAUUCGUUAGCUUUAGGUUUCAAGAAAUCAUGAUUGGCCAGAGACAAUUCUAGCUACUAUUUAAAGAAAACAGUAAAGAGAAUCUAGUGAAACAAAAGUUCAUAUAUUGCCAUGAUUUCAGAGUAUGUUUGUCACAGGGACAGUACUGGAGUCUUUCUGCACUCCAUGCUUGUGAUAGAGACACCUUUACUGUGUUGGUAAGAUAUUACAUUAUGUUACGCCUAUAAAAAUGGGAUUUAUAGAUGAUAUAGUUGUCAGAGCGCAGCCCAUUGGCCGGGCUGGUCUUCUGCCCCUGGUGCAUAGAGACCUUCCUACGUGCAGUAGGAAGUCUGUGUGGAUAUCCCCAGGAAAAAUGACAGAUGAUUCUGGAGAAAGAUUACCUGCAUUUUACUAUAAUAAUUGUGUGUGUGUGUGUGUGUGUGUGUAAUUUUUUUUCAAACAGGAAACCAGUAUAUCAAGUGAGGAACAGAAGUAUGGUGCAGAAUAUAUAGUCCAAAACUUCAAGAUGUCACUGGAUAUCAAAAUGACAGAGCUUAGGUGACAAGCGACAGACUGCUAGUUCAGAAAUCAAAAACCCUUUUCUAGUUUGCAAGAGAACUGCCUGAUUCCUUCUGCUUGCCACUGUGGCAAAGCAAACUGCUUUAGUUUUUGAUGAGAGUUUUUAGAAGUCGUUUGGUAUUCCUUCAUCCACAGCCCCCAUUGUUGAAAUAACCAUUUUCAGUUGUGAUGCCUUAACUAACAAGCCAAUUGUUAGCCUGAAAUGCAAUCUCAGUAGCUGGUUCCACUGAGCCUGGAGAUUAGUCAGAGAAAGCUAGCUGCUGGUCUUUCGAAAGGGAUUUUGAAUCCUUUGGUUUCUACUUGGGAGCAUUUUGGAGCAGAUUAGUCUUUCAGUGUAAAACCAAGUGGCUACCUGAUAGAGACUUUUUUCUUGCCCUUAUAGGGAAACUGAGCACAAGCUAAAUGCUAUUGUCUGCUGCAAAAAAAAAAAAAAAAGUAAAUAAAGCAAGCAAACUGAAGAGAGACAAAAAUAGACCAAUAUUGACCCAUCCUAUCCAUCAUCUCAUCAAUUCAACAAGGCUCCUUGUCCUGGGUGAGCUCAUGGUUAGAAGUUGUGUGGUUUUUUUUUUUUUAAAGAAAAGAUCUAUGACAUACAUAUGUGUGUGUGUAUACAUAUCCUUACACAUACAUACACACAUAUGUGUGUUUAUUUAACGGUGCUAAUCAGUCUUGAGCAGGUCACGUGACUGGUCAUGCGGACUCUAAAAUCAUAUCAGAUUUUUUAAAAUUCUUGAUAUAUGCAGAUGUUAUACAGAUUUUUCUUAAACCAGUGUAAUAAUGUUAUACUGAAGAAAUAACCAUCCUGCAGGCUUCAGAGGACGAGGUCAGCAAUAUUUCCCACCAUGGCUUGGGGGGAAAGGAUAGUUUUGUCUCCUUUUGUUUUCAAAUGAAUGCACAGUGCAUUUUUGUCUCUAGCUGUUGACUAAAAAGACUUCGUAGCUUUGUAAAGGUGUCAUACAAACCGUAAUGGUGUGCAUCAAACAAACAAAUGCUAGACCCUUUCACCUCUGUCGGAUAUUACAAAGCUGUCAAAUAUGUGGUUUGAAUUCACUUCGAACAUGUUGAAAUAUGUAGCAUGUGUUUUUAACUCAGACGAAGAUUCUGAUUGCACAGGUUGUUUUAGCCGGUUGUGGUUUAUUUGUUCAGAAACACAAAUGUGAAUUGCACUCUUAUCACCAGAAUAGCAUGUAAGUUCAGUGAUCUUUAAACAGCUCUGAAGUAAUACUUGAACUUCAUUUGAGUAGCACAAAGUUUACACUGCCCCCCCCUUUUAAAUGUUAAUUAGUUCCAUUUCUGGUUUUGUUUGUUUGUUUGUUUUUAAAUGCAAACUGGGUAUUUUUCCUCUUGGAAAACAGUAACGCUUUUUCCUUUCUGGUAUGUAGCAAAAGGUUUCCGUUUCUGGAAGGUUUUUUAGUUCUUAAACAAGGUCAGCCAGGUACCCGACUCUAAAAGAACAGUUGUGCUCCUCCCCCCAGUAAGUGGCCUUCUGAGUGCACGAGAAUGUGUUAUGACCCGCUCCAGCCUCCCCUUCCGCGUGCGAGAGGUUGGUGUAUUUGAUGGAGGAAGUGCAAGGCUUGCUCUCCCCCCCCACCCCCAACCUGUAAAGCAGUUGUAAGAUUUUUCAAUCCAGUUCACACAGUCCCAACGCCCAGCACACCAGAAGUUUGUAUACUGGCCUCUUUUCAUGUCUUCAAAUGUGCAGGAAAUUUGAAACUGUCAUCUGGAAUAGGUUCCAUCUCUUACAUGUGUUAGAUCAAACCAAAGAAGCCCCCAGCCAUGCCCAAAUGCUGCUCUAAAAGCCUGCCUUCCAGUCCUUACAAAAACCUUGCAGGAUUAAAUGUGUUCACUUUUUUUAUUUUUGUACAGUUUCUAAGUGAUUUUUGCUAGUGAUGUUAAAUUGAAUUAAGUUUAUUUGAGUGGUGUGAGCACCUCCUCCAUUGAAAUAAACUGGUGACUUUCCUUUUAUUUUUUAAAAGCGGAAACCCAUUGUGUGCCUCUCGAUUUAAGGGUUUCUGAUUACAUUAUUCUUGAGACCAGCAUCAAUCCUUUAUAUACAAAGAUAUGUUUUCCUUGUUUUUUUAUUACUGUUUCAGAAGAAAAGAAACCUUUUAUUUUGCUCUGGACCCAGUAACCGCGCUGGUACAUAGACGCACUGAGAAAAUAAACUUUUGUAACCGCCUCUGACUGUUUUUGUAUAUCGAAGUCAAUUACUUUUGAAAUAUUUGGAUCUAGUUUCUAAGUUAUUUUAGUGUUUUAUAUGUUCCCCGAAAUUACUUUGAAUCGGUCACCAGCAUACUGAAUUCUCGGUGAUACAGUGGUGAAACUCAUAAUGAGCAACAGCUACCUGGAGUAGCUCUUCCUUUCCUCCUUUCCUAGUCCCCUGGUUUUGGAUUACCAUGAGACAUCACAGAUCACCUGAAACCCCUCCAGCUAUAAACUAGAUCCUCCUUCCCUCCACAUUUAAUUGCUUAAUAGUUUGAAGAAACUAUUGGAAACGGGCAUUUUAUAUGAUAUGUAUAGCUUGAAAAUAUUAAAACUGAGCGAAAGGAAACAUGAGAAGGUUUCUGUGGGUCUGUAAGGUAUGGCUGUGGAAAGAUAUUGUAGUAGUUUUGACACUAUUGUUACUAUCUUUAAAAUCAUUUACCCAAUAAAACGUUAAAACCGA